AUGCAAGAUAUUGAAGAAAAAGGAUUGACACCAGAUCUAUGGAUCUUCCUUUCUACAAUAUGUGGUGAUAAACUGGUGAAAAGUACAAAAAAUAUUUUAACAAAAGAGAGUAUUACAAAAAAUUUCGCUCGAACUACUCACAGAGAGCUAUGGACUGUGAGUUCAUCCAAAAGCAGUGCAAAUUAUAUUAUUAUUUCUCCAAAAGCUUUUCAUUGUUCCUGCCAAGCGUUCAAAAACAACACUUUGUUAAAUCACACAUCUCCAUUUUGUAAGCACAUACUUACUGUAUACAUAUGCAAGGCCUUAUACAAGAACAAUCCAAAUACAACUCAAUUUGUUUCAAAUGAAAUCGAUGAUGAAGCAUUUGCACGAUACUUAGAAAAGGUUUUCUAUGAUUCUGAACGAGAACCAAAGUAA